UGAGACACACAAGUCUGUCCUUUGUUCCAUAAUUCAAACUUUAAAAAUAUCUAAACUGGAUGUGUUUGUUGUUGAAUGUGCCGUACUGAAGCGUCUGUGGUGAAGGCCUCAUGAACACUUUGUAGAACCUCCUGAAGUAUCUGACCUGAGUCAGAACAGUCCCAUGUGUUUUACUGUGACUGAAGUGUGUUUUCUUCUGUGUCUCAGGAUCCACCAGAAACAUCCUCUGUCUGAACCUGGUCCCAGCUGUGAGUCCCUCAGGAGUGACAUGUCUAUGGAACUUCCAAUAUCCUUCAGGAGAGAGUUGAUCCACCAGAAACAUCCUCCGUCUGAACCUGGUCCCAGCUGUGAGUCCCUCAGGAGUGACAUGUCUAUGGAACUUCCAAUAUCCUUCAGGAGAGAGUUGAUCCACCAGAAACAUCCUCCGUCUGAACCUGGUCCCAGCUGUGAGUCCCUCAGGAGUGACAUGUCUAUGGAACUUCCAAUAUCCUUCAGGAGAGAGUUGCAUCUCUGUGACAGAGGGGAGCAGCCGGGUCCAGAGGUCUCCAGUGGUCAGCACCAUCAGACACAGCUGGACUCCAUAUUUAAGCGUCUGGAGGAGGACAUUUUCACUUUUGUCCAGAAGGAGCUGAAGAAGCUCCACAAGGUUCUGAGUACAGAUGAGCCAGGAGGUUUACAUCCUGUGGAGGAUGAGGAUGAAGAGCAGAGGAGCUGCAGUGAGGCUGUUCUGAAGAUCACACUGAACUCCCUCUGGAGGAUGAAGCAGAAGGAGCUGGCUGAGCGUCUGAGGAACAGGACUUAUUCUGAAGUUUAUCGGCGUAAACUGAAGUCUGACCUGCAGCAGAAGUUUGAGUGUGUGUUUGAGGGCAUCGCUAAAGCAGGAAACUCCAGCCUUCUGAAUGAGAUCUUCACAGACCUCUACAUCACAGAGGGAGGGUCUUCAGAGGUCAACCAGGAACAUGAGGUCAGACACAUGGAAACAGCCUCCAGGACACCAGGCCCAGCAGAGACAACCAUAACAUGUGAAGACAUGUUUAAAGGCCCAGCUCACACACAUGGAGCCAUCAGAACAGUGCUGACAAAGGGAGUGGCUGGCAUCGGGAAAACAGUGCUCACUCAGAAGUUCACUCUGGACUGGGCUAAAGGUAAAGCCAACCAGGACAUACAGCUGCUGUUCCCGUUCACUUUCAGAGCACUCAAUGUGCUGAAGGACAGAAGUUUCAGUUUGGUGACACUUGUUCGUCACUUCUUUAGUCAAACACAAGCAGAACUCUGCAGCUUUGAAGACCUCCAGGUGCUCUUCAUCUUUGACGGUCUGGACGAGUGCAGACCUCCUCUGGACUUCACAAAAACCGAGGCCCUGAGCGACCCCACAGAAUCCGCCUCAGUGCACGUGCUGCUGGUGAACCUCAUCAGGGGAAGCCUGCUUCCCUCUGCUCGCCUCUGGAUAACCACACGACCCGCGGCGGCCAAUCAGAUCCCUGCUGAGUGCAUCUCCAUGGUGACAGAGGUCAGAGGGUUCACCGACCCACAGAAGGAGCAGUACUUCAGGAAGAGGUUCAGAGACGAGGCCGACACAAUCAUCUCCCACAUCAAGACGUCCAGAAUCCUCCACAUCAUGUGCCACCUGCCGAUCUUCUGCUGGAUCGCUGCCGCAGUCCUGGAGCAUGUGUUGAAAAACAGAGAGAGAGGAGAGCUGCCCAAGAACCUGACUCAGAUGUACAUCCACUUCCUGGUGGUUCAGGCCAAAGUCAAGAACAUCAAGUAUAAAGAGGGAUCUGAGACGGACCCACACUGGAGUCCAGAGACCAGGAAGAUGUUGGAGUCUCUGGGAAAACUGGCCUUUGAGCAGCUGCAGAAAGGAAACCUGAUCUUCUACGAGAGUGACCUGAGCGAGUGUGGGCUGGACGCUGCAGCGGCCUCAGUGUACUCUGGAGUGUUCACACAGGUCUUUAGAGAGGAGCCAGGCCUGUACCAGGACAAGAUCUACUGCUUCAUCCAUCUGAGUGUGCAGGAGUUUCUGGCUGCUCUUCAUGUCCAUCAGACCUUCAUCAACACUGGGAUCAACCUGCUCUCACAGAAACAAUCAUCAUCACGGACAAAGGUUUUUAGCAGCAAAUCAGUGCAGUUUUACCAGACAGCUGUGGACCAGGCCUUACAGAGUCCAAACGGACACCUGGACCUGCUCCUCCGCUUCCUCCUGGGUCUUUCACUGUCGACCAAUCAGAGCCUUCUAAAAGGUCUGCUGACACAGACAGGAAGCAGCUCCCAGACCAAUCAGAAAACAGCUGAGUACAUCAAGAAGAAGCUGAGUGAGGAUGUGUCUGCAGAGAGGAGCAUCAACCUACUCCACUGUCUGAAUGAACUGAAUGAUCGUUCUCUGGUGGAGCAGAUCCAACAGUAUCUGACAUCAGGACGUCUGUCUGAAGGUGGACUGUCUCCUGCUCAGUGGUCAGCUCUGGCCUUCAUCUUACUGUCAUCAGAAGAAGAUCUGGACCAGUUUGAGCUGAAGAAAUACUCAGCUUCAGAGGAGGGUCUCCUGAGGCUGCUGCCAGUGGUCAAGGCCUCCACCAAAGCUCUACUGAGCAGCUGUAACCUGUCAGAGAGAAGCUGUGAAGCUCUGUCCUCAGUCCUCAGCUCCCAGUCCUCUAGUCUGAGAGUCCUGGACCUCAGCCUCAACGACUUGAAGGACUUGGGGCUGAAGAUGUUGUGUGUUGGACUGAAGAGUUCUCACUGUAAACUGGAACAGCUCAGACUGUCAGGUUGUCUGCUCUCAGAGGAAGGCUGUGCUUCUCUGGCCUCAGCUCUGAGGUCCAACCCUUCCCAUCUGAUGGAACUGGACCUCAGCUACAACCAUCCAGGAGACACAGGAGUAAAGCUCCUGUGUGCUCUAAAGGAGGACCCCUACUGCACACUGGACACUCUCAGACUGAAGCCUGCUGGAGCUGAGUGGUUGACUCCAGGACUCAGAAAGUAUUUCUGUGAUCUCACUCUGGAUCCAAACACAGCGAACAGAAAUCUCAAACUGUCUGACAACUACAAGAAGGUGACACAUGUGACAGAGGAGCAGCCGUAUCCAGAUCAUCAGGACAGAUUUGACUACUGGGAACAGAUUCUGUGUUCCACUGGUCUGACUGGUCGCUGUUACUGGGAGGUCCAGUGGAGUGGAUGGGUUUAUAUAUCAGUGUCUUACAGAAGAAUCAGAAGGAAAGGACGCGGUGAUGACAGUUUGUUUGGACACAAUGAUCAGUCCUGGAGUCUGGAGUGUUCUAAAGUUGGUUUCUCUGUUCAUCAUAAUAACAAACAAACCCGCCUCCCUCAGUCCUGGUCUUCCUCUUCUGGGAGAGUAGCAGUGUUUGUGGACUGUCCUGCUGGUUCUCUCUCCUUCUACACAGUCUCCUCUGACCAACUGACCCACCUCCACACCUUCAACACCACAUUCACUCACACUCUGCUCCCUGGGUUUUGGCUCCCGUCUUAUGACUCCUCAGUGUCUCUGUGAGCUCCGACAGACUCACUCUCCUCGGUGUAAAACAGUCCAACAUUUUUCAUCUAUUUUUACAUCGUUGAACAAAAAAAGUGAUGUGUCAUCCAGGUAGAAUCCAUGAGGAGAAAAUCGCCUGGACAAAAGUUAGUUUGGUUGAAGACGUUUCGCAGCUUAUCGCAGCUUCUUCAGUUCUGUUCUGUUCAGUUCUUGUUUACAGUUUCUGUUUGUUAGUUCGGCCUAUUGACCUGUACAGAGUGUGGGGUUUAAUUAGCAUAACAAUCCGUACAUGACUGGUGUUUCUGAAAAACUAUAGAGGAUUUUCAAACAACAUGAGAUCCCGGUCUAUUUCAAACCUACGAACACUCUAAGACAGAGACUGGUCCAACCAAAGGACAAAACACCGAGUCACAAACAAAGCAGUGCACUCUACUCCAUUCAGUGCAGUGAAGACUGCAGUGAACGCUACAUUGGAGAAACAAAACAGACACUUCACAAGAGGAAGAACCAACACAGACGAGAGAGCAGCAGUGGACCUCAGUCUGUUCAUCUCCAUCUA